UAUUUUUCCUAUAAGUAGGUAUUUUCAAUCAACUGCUGCAACCGAUCUGGGCAUCAAAAUAUGCGUGUAUAUAUUUAUAUAUUAUUCCUGCUAGUAUCAGUGAUCUCCUAUGGAUAUGGAAUAGGAGAGCAAGAGGAGCAAGAUCAAAAUGAUCCAAAAUUUCAAAAAUUGGCCGAAGAAUUAGUACGUUACCACUUGAAUGUAACGAAACAGGACACGAAAAAAGUAACAGUGUCUAAGGUUACUACACAAAGAGUGGCAGGACUCCUCACUAGAAUAAAAUUCCGUGUUUUACUCGUCAACGGUAAAUCGUCUAUGUGUGAUGCUGAAGUAUGGGACCAACCUUGGAAAGAUUUGAGAACUGUAACUUAUAAAUGUGACGCGCUGUUUUCCAAUAAACCACUAAGCUCAAGAGUCUAUUCUCAACUCGCAGGAACACGGGACCCUAAAAACCCUAAAUACCUACGUUUAGCAAAUCGGGCUCUUGAUGUAUUCAUUAAUACUCGAGACAGUAAACUUUUUAACAGAGAAGAUAUAAAAUCAGUAUCUGUAACAAGUGUGAAAGUAAAGAUAGAUUCACAAAUAACAAAUGCCCUUGUUUUCGUUGUUACCACUCUCAAUAAUGGUCAAUUUGAAUGUGAGGGUGUAGUUUUGGAAUCACCAUGGAAAACAUUCGAUAUGCCUGAAGUUACUGAUGUAAAUUGUGAUAUUAGCAAAGGAGGUGCAACAAAUGGUGUCCUUAUGGGGCAGUCAGGUAAAAAUCAACAGUCUGGCGGCCAAGAGCGUCAAAACCCGAAAGACUCUAAAUAUAAACGGUUGGCGGAAGAAUCUUUUAAAAGGUACCUUCAAUCGCACACCAAUGUUAAAAUAACUGUUAAAAAACUAACGGUCGACACAGUAACCACCCAAGUGGUAGCUGGAACCAUGAUACGCAUUGAUUUCCAUGUUGAUCCUACCAAAGGGCCAACAGUUCCUUGUAAAUCUGAAAUUUGGGAAAAAGUUGAUGAUAAAUUAGAUUUUAACGUGAUAUGUCAUUUGGACGAUAAAAAAAUAGGAGGUCAAAACGAGCAAAACCCUGAAGACCCCAAGUAUAAACAACUUGCAGAAGAAUCUUUUCAGAAAUAUCGGAAAACUCAUAUUGGCCCCCUAUUUGUUGUUAAAGAGAUUAAAGUGACCAGAGUAACCACACAGGUAGUUGCAGGUGUAGCCACAAAACUCGAUUUCAGUGUAAUUACUGACUCGAGCUACAUGUACCAUUGCCAUUCUGAGGUUUUGGAACAAACAUGGCGUAAAGUUAAAGAUAUUAAAGUUAUAUGUGACCCGCUAAACAAGUUAUCUGCUUCUGCAAACCGUCCGAAAGUUAAUGAUGAUGUUGAUGAACGUGUAGGCGGCCAAACCAACGAAGAUCCCAAAGAUCCUAAGUACAAGAAAUUAGCAGAGGAAUCUUUUAAGAGGUACUUGCAGUCGCACACCAAUAUUAAAAUAAAUAUUAAAACAGUAACGGUCGACACAGUAACCACCCAAGUGGUAGCUGGAACCAUGAUACGCAUUGAUUUCCAUGUUGAUCCUACCAAAGGGCCAACAGUUCCUUGUAAAUCUGAAAUUUGGGAAAAAGUUGAUGAUAAAUUAGAUUUUAACGUGAUAUGUCAUUUGGACGAUAAAAAAAUAGGAGGUCAAAACGAGCAAAACCCUGAAGACCCCAAGUAUAAACAACUCGCAGAAGAAUCUUUUCAGAAAUAUCGGAAAACUCAUAUUGGCCCCCUAUUUGUUGUUAAAGAGAUUAAAGUGACCAGAGUAACCACACAGGUAGUUGCAGGUGUAGCCACAAAACUCGAUUUCAGUGUAAUUACUGACUCGAGCUACAUGUACCAUUGCCAUUCUGAGGUUUUGGAACAAACAUGGCGUAAAGUUAAAGAUAUUAAAGUUAUAUGUGACCCGCUAAACAAGUUAUCUGCUUCUGCAAACCGUCCGAAAGUUAAUGAUGAUGUUGAUGAACGUGUAGGCGGCCAAACCAACGAAGAUCCCAAAGAUCCUAAGUACAAGAAAUUAGCAGAGGAAUCUUUUAAGAGGUACUUGCAGUCGCACACCAAUAUUAAAAUAAAUAUUAAAACAGUAACGGUUGACAGAGUAACCACCCAAGUGGUAGCUGGAACCAUGAUACGCAUUUAUUUCCAUGUUGAUCCUAUCACAGGGUCGACGAUUCCUUGUAAAUCUGAAAUUUGGGAAAAAGUUGAUAAUAAAUUAGAUUUUAACGUGAUGUGUCAGAUGAAUGAUGUAAAAGUAGGAGGUCAGAAUGAGCAAGACCCCGAAGACCCGAAGUAUAAACAACUAGCAAAAGAAUCUUUUCAGAAAUAUCGGAAGACUCAUCUUGGCCCCCUAUUUGUUGUUAAAGAGAUUAAAGUGACCAGAGUAACCACACAGGUAGUUGCAGGUGUAAGAACUAAACUCGAUUUCAAUGUAAUUACUGACUCGAGCUACAGAUACCAUUGCCAUUCUGAGGUUUUGGAACAGCCAUGGCGUCAAAUUAAAGAUAUUAAAGUUAUAUGUGACCCGCUAAACAAGUUAUCUGCUUCUGCAAACCGUCCGAAGGUUAAUGGUGAUGUUGAUGACCAUUUGGUCGGUGGCGAAAAAACCCAAGAUCCCAAAAAUCCUAAGUAUUAAAAAUUUGCCGAACAAUCUUUCGAAAAGUAUCGACGUGAUCAUAUUGGUCUUCUUUUUACAGUUAAAGAGCUUAAACUUAUUAAAGUAACCACUCAAGUAGUUUCAGGAGUAAUAACUCGACUUGAUUUCAAAGCGAUUUCUACCAAAGGCAAUGUAUUACAAUGCCAUUCUGAGAUUUUAUAUCAACCAUGGUUACAAAAUAAAGAUAUUAAAGUGAAUUGUUUCUCACCUUCUAAACUAACGCUAUCUAAAUCUGCCAGCAAGCUAAAAGGGGGUUUUAACAUAAUAGAUGAAGCAAUUACCGAUUACUUUGAAAAUUUUGAUACUAAGCGAUGGAGAGUUGAGAAUAGCGUGAUGAGGAGUUCUAACAAAACACGGACACGUUAUGGUAAAGAAGAUAUUAGUUAUUUUAAAGUGGACGUAUUCGCAUCCAACAGCUACGGUGAUUACAGUUAUUAUAAUUGCAGUGCGGUCUUUGC